CGUCUAAAAUGAGAAAAACACAUUUUACAAAAUUCCUCAUCUUGCUGGUGUGUGUGCAAAAGUUUUGCCACUUUUAAUAUGAUCUCAAUUGGAAUAUUCUGCUGCAUUUUUGACGAUGAUUGUGAUCCCGAUGAGGACGGCAGAAUGCAACUUGAAUCACGAAAGUCAAUGUUUUGGUGAGCGCGAGGGGGUGGGGGAUGGGUGGUCCGCCACGGUUUCAUUUCCACCCUGCUUCGACUCAAACUGAGACAAACAAACAAAAUUUAAGGAUAAGAUCCCAAAGCGCAUAGUUUCGUCGUUUUUUAAACGGAAUGUUUGUUUGGUUUCGACAACGCAUCGGCAUUACAUAACCGCUUUAAUCCGCUGUUUGUUGUGUCCUCUCGGUGGCGUGUCGCUUGUAUAAUCGCACAUUUCUACCGUUCGAAAAUAGGCAAAAGCGAAACGACUUUGUACAUUCGACGUGCUUUUCGGGUACUUUCCCCUCUUCUCUCUUCUCUGUGAGGAAACUGCAGAAAGCACAAAGGCGAAGAUAAGUCGCCCACUGACGUCACCAGUCUGGCAACAGUCGUGAACACGUCCGUUUCGCUCGCCGCUGAUUGGCGGGGGCGAUGGAAGCUCGCGACGUGAUUGGUCGGAGGCGGGCCGCCAGAGAUACUUAGCGGAGCUGAGGGAGACAUUUUGUUGCAAUUUAGACGCAGUCGGAAAGAAGACGAGAGAGAAAGGAGGCGACUGUUUACCGAAGGUGUUUUUUUCCCCAUCUACGAGGGUGACCACCAAUUGAUUUUGUGGGAACGACUACCGAGGGACAUCUGUGAAGGAAAAAAAAAAACAAAACAAAAACGAACGAAAGGCUUCGACGACCAAGCCUGAAGAAGUCGGUCCUGCGGCUUCGUGGUGUAUCGUGUGCGCCGAGGUGAAUUCAUGUUCAGCUCGGCUCCGCGACCAAGCGACGCCCAUCGGCACUCGACGACCGCUAGCCCGGCGCACUCGACGGGACAAAGACCGCUCGAUACCAGCAGGAGGAGACCCGGCGGGGACGACAUCAACGUCGACUGUUCCCGGAGACGGAGGCUGUUUGAAAGCGAAAGGCAGGCGAAGAGAACGAAGAAGAGGGCUCUCUUCCUGGUUAGCUUCGUGGAGACAAAGAGCUGACAGUCAAAGUGAAGCAUCAUGGGAGGUGGAGGCGGAGAGCGGUGCAGCAACAUUCCGGGCCCCCACCACGAGCGCCCCAAGAAGAAGAACCAGCAGCUGGGCCGAAGCAAGCAAAGGGGCCGUGACCAGAACAGCAACGGGACAGCGGCGUCAGCCGGCGGCGCCCUCUACCACCGUCGCGGCAGCGACAAGGGCGUCCUGGUGUACCAGUGCUCCCCGGAGGCACGGCAGGCCGAGGCGGCCGCUUCCAUCGUCCGCCUGGCCGCCGCCUACGAGAAGGACUUGGAGGGGGCCGUGUCCCACCUCAACACACUGCUGAGCGCCCGGGGCAGUCCCAGCUACGCCGGGCCCAAAUUCAGCGAGCCGCCCUCCCCAAGCGUGCUGCCCAAGCCGCCCAGCCACUGGGUGUCAUUCCCCAUGAGCACCGGCGAGAGCAGGGAGAUGAUGACCUUCCAGCUUAAGAGCCUCUUAAAGGUGCAGGCCUGACAGGAAAAACGGCUGUAAUACACUUUUUAAGGUUUUUAAACCAAAUGUUACAGUCCUACUGCCUUGCUGGUGACCUCAAAGCGGAUACCCCCCCCCCCAUACCCCCUCCUCUUUCCCCCUUUUUUUCUCUCCGCAUUGGUUUUCGUUCUUUUUAUUUUGGCUAUCAAAGCAGAUCGGGUGCACCUAUUUUUUCCACUUUACUUCAUUCUCGUCACUUUUAGGGUCCGCUUCUGCGGACGUAUACAGCCGUUUUUUUAAUUUUUAUAUUCCGGAAUGGGUUGACAGCAGUCUUCUGUUUUGUAGCACAUUUCAAGAAAAGUCUAUUCUCGUUCAAAGACGGUAGGGCGCUCAACCGCGAUUCUGCAGGGAAAUCACGUGUACAUUCUUUUUAAUGGCAUACGGUGAAAAGUUUAUCGCGGGUCCUGGGCACUCGACUCCUGCAUCCCCCUUUUUUUAUUGCGCUGUGCGCACAUGCACUGCAGGAGGCGAGCUGCGCUAAGGCCCGACACUCACGUUCACACUGCCACCCAAAGACAAAAUAUUUUUCCGCUGCCACUCUUGUUAUGGUCCUCCUUUUCGGAGGUGGUAUUUGGAAGGGGACAAAACACGCGUGUGUGUGCAAUUUAAGACCUGACACUCGAUCACGUUUUGUGAAAGCGGCAACGUCCCACAUGAAGGGCAAAAGGGCAGCUAAACGCAAUCUUUGUCGUUGGUGUGUCCAAGUGUGGUCCUGUUGCGCUUUGGUGAUGCCGUGCGUUUACCAAAGCCCCCCCCCCCAAUGUUUUUGUGCCUCAGUCUUGUCCUGUAACAUUGACUUGUGCCGCCUCACGUGCGGAAGAGGUCCAAUCCGUUUGGUCCUGUGUGCGCGGCACAAGUCGAUGUUGAAAGGACGAGACCGCGUCACAUUGUGUGAUGAUUAAUGGUGUGUUUUGUUCCAUUUUGAAUUUUUGAGUCCCAUUUUUGCACCACACUUGCUCCAGUUGUGUUAUGUUAGGUCACAGGCUGUGACAUUGUUGAAUCAACAGACGGAUAAUCAACUAUCUUGUUUUCCUCCUUACGUGAGCCAUUUUUUUUGGGGGGGGGGGAUUUGUAAUUGCUUUCCCUGUGCAGAAUUGAAUCUGCUUCAUAGCCAGACUAAAGACGACAAAACCUCAUUUGCCGAUCACGUCUUUCAGGAGCCAUGUAAAUAAAUGACGAUGGCAUGUAUAAAGUCAUUGUAGCAUAAUGUACAUUUGCAGGCCCACAG